UUAAAGGUGCAGCAGCCAGUGAUGUCAGCUCUGCCUAAAAUAGUGAGGGAUAGACUGAAAAUCCACAGCUAGAAACACUGAAAGCUUCCAAUCCUGCCCCAGCCUACACACAGCUCAAAGAACAGGAGAAAGCAAAGGAUCAAAGGGGAUCCACUUCUCUUUCUGGCAUCAUCUAGAGCUCAGCCUUCACCAGGGGUGGCAGUGGACUCCUCAAGUCAUUUCAGGUCUGGAUUUCUGGAGAGACACUGAUCUAGAAGCAGGUGCACACACACCAAAACCUUGUUCCCCUGACAUUUUUUUUUUUUUGGAGGAGAAAAAAACCCAGGAUUAUUGGAGGAAUCUUAUGUCAUCAGCAAAGAACUUACCUGACAUCAUCUAAAGUGGAUCAAAGCUAGGACUUUGAACCUUGGACCAACAUGACAUCAACAGAAGGUGCCAACAACACACCCAAGCAAGUGGAGGUGCGCAUGCACGAGAGCCAUUUGACGACGGAGGAAGUUCGCCCCAGAUCUCCUUGCCUAAAAAUAUGCAGAAAACUCAGAGGAAACCUCCUACUGACACUCACAGUUUUGGGCGUUAUUCUAGGAGCGGUGUUUGGUGGGGUGCUCCGACUUGCAUCUCCAAUCCACCCCGACAUUAUCAUGGUGAUAGCCUUUCCGGGGGACAUACUGAUGAGAAUGCUAAAGAUGUUGAUCUUGCCUUUAAUCAUUUCCAGUUUAAUCACAGGACUGGCUGGGCUAGAUGCCAAGUCUAGUGGCCGUCUUGGGACUAGAGCCAUGGUGUAUUAUAUGGUUACCACUAUUAUUGCUGCCAUUUUGGGGGUCAUAUUGGUUUUGGCCAUUCAUCCAGGUGACCCCAAACUAAAGAAACAACUUGGAAAGGGUCAGGAAAACGAUGACGUCUCUAGCUUAGAUGCUUUUCUGGAUCUUAUUCGGAAUCUCUUCCCAGAAAACCUUGUACAGGCAUGUUUCCAACAGAUUCAAACAGUUACUAAGAAGGUUACAGUUGAAACUCCCUUUGAGGAACCGUCAAAUACGACCGAUUCUGUCUUUUCCCUCAUGAACGACACUGUAAUGGUAACAAAGGAAGAAAUCAAAAAGAAGUUGGAGUUCAAAGAUGGCAUGAAUGUCUUGGGGCUGAUUGGCUUCUUCAUCGCCUUUGGGAUUGCCAUGGGGAAGAUGGGGGAACAGGCUAGGCUGAUGGUUGACUUCUUCAACAUCCUGAACGAGAUAGUUAUGAAGCUUGUGAUCAUGAUAAUGUGGUAUUCUCCCUUUGGUAUCGCUUGUCUCAUCUGCGGGAAAAUCAUCGCCAUUAAAGACCUGGAACAGGUCGCGAGGCAACUGGGCAUGUACAUGAUCACCGUCAUCGUAGGCUUGAUCAUCCAUGGAGCCAUAAUCCUGCCAUCGCUUUACUUCGCAAUAACUAGAAAAAGCCCGUUUCCCUUUUUGGCUGGGAUUUUUCAGGCUUGGAUCACCGCUUUGGGCACGGCUUCCAGUGCUGGAACUCUCCCUGUGACGUUCCGAUGCCUGGAGGAGAACCUGGGUAUUGACAAGAGGGUGACAAGGUUUGUGCUCCCGGUCGGAGCCACGAUUAACAUGGACGGCACAGCUUUGUACGAGGCAGUGGCUGCCAUCUUCAUUGCUCAGAUGAACGGUGUGGUGUUGGAUGCGGGGCAGAUAAUGACAGUGAGUCUGACGGCCACAUUGGCCAGCGUAGGAGCCGCCAGCAUCCCCAGCGCCGGCCUGGUCACCAUGCUUCUCGUCCUGACGGCGGUGGGACUGCCCACACAGGACAUCAGCCUGCUGAUUGCGGUGGACUGGCUUCUGGAUCGGAUGAGGACGUCGGUCAACGUGGUCGGUGAUUCGUUCGGAGCCGGAAUCGUCUACCAUCUGUCCAAAGCUGAACUCGACAGCCUGGAUAAACAGCACGCGCAGCAGGGUAUCGAAAUGACCAAGACUCAGUCCGUUUACGAUGACAUGAAGAACCACAGGGAGAAUAACUCCAACCAGUGCAUUUAUGCAGCCCACAAUUCCGUGGUGGUAGAUGACUGCAAGGUAACGCUGGCAAACAAUGGCAACACGGCAGACUUCAAUGCUGUGGUUGAAGAGCCACUCGAUGCGUGAGAACCCAACCGGCCACAGCCUGUCCUCCUGAAGAGCAUACAGUAUGAAAUGACUUAUCUCAUAACCCUCAUUAACACAGCACAAUCAUUAAUGCCACAUCAGAGAAAGCCUUUGGGAAGCACGUAUCGCGUUAUGCAAAGUAGGAAAAUGAUCUUGGCCGGCUUUUGGCUUGGCCUCGAGGUGCCGAGAAUGUACGAGAGAGAGCUCGCAUCUCCUCGUAGGGUCUCAGGUAGAACUCACACAGCAUUCCGAGAUGGUCUUUGUGCUCAGAACAGUGUUCAGAAUAUUCCGUUCAAUGGCUUGUGCCGCGCGCGAAGCGUGGCUUUCACUUCAGAAGUCAGGAUUUCCAUACUGACCGAUAACGACGACGCUAAGAUCCAUUACCGAUAGACAUAUAUAUAUAUCUACUUUGUGUCCUUUGUUUAUAGUAAUGAGCCUUCCUCGGUUCUGGUCUUACAUGAGUUGUGUCUCGUAGGGUAGAUGUUAUUCAAGUACUUGCCAGUCUUCCUACUUCAGACCUGGUGCAGUCUUAGUGUAGAAGAAAA